UGUUUGCCGCGUUAUAGUUUGCCAUCAUCUUACGAAGGACAUAACGAAGUUUGCCAACGAUUCGCGGUGGUCACUACUGUCGCCCUGUUCCGAUAAGUACCGCAGCCGUUUCCGGCUCCUUCAGUGUCAGCGGCUAUGGCAGAACUUGUGCAAACCUUCCUAGGGAGAUGAGAGAACGAGAGCUGUGCGGCGCACUAUCCAUAGCCAUAACCUAAAAUCUGCCAAUACCGCCAUUUCCAACGUUCCGCGCACUACACGCAAGUAUCGGCCCCAACCGCCCACCACCCUCGGCACAAUGAAGGGCUGUCCCAAAUAUCACACCAGAUGGCAAAAGGAGAAGCACCGAAAGAAUGUGCAAAGCGCAAAAGCGAAAGCCGAAAAACUCGGCAGGGCCUGCAACACGUUUGUGCUAUAUGUCACAUUCAACCUAGUAAGCCGGCAAAUGGAAGGGGUCUGUCAUCUGCCACCAGGAAUGCAAUUCCCGGACAUCAAUAAAUUUGUUCGCGAGCAGCUGUUGCCUGGGAACACUGGCGAAAGUCAGGAUCCGGACUUUACGCAUGUGCAGAUGGAGCAGGAAGACCACCGUGACCUCGGCAGUUCUCAGCAACCCGAAGCCACAAGAUCUUCAUGCAGCUCGCCAUCACUUGACUUGAAGGAGCUUUUUGACUCAGACCCUGAUGGAGAUUUUGGAGCAAUAUUAGCCAAUAAGCGCGGCUAACGCAAAGGUGUAGGGGAGAGCACAAUCAUGAUAUGUACGUUUUCAGAGGGGAUUCUUACAAAGCGAUGCUAAUAAUUGUACAGG